AUGCACAACCCGUUUCGUCCGCCACCGGCUCCUCCUGCGUUCGGAGAGGACAAAGUGGUUCCUCAGCAGCAGGCCUCCCCUCUUUCGAAGCUCAUAUUCAACUGGCUCAACCCAUUCCUUUCCGUCGGAUUCUCUCGUCCUCUGCAGAAAGAAGAUCUAUGGCAGCUACCCAAAGAGAAGCUGACAGGGACGCUGACCGACGUCGUCGAGCGUAACUUCUACGACCGCUGUCCGCCUGAGAAACGACCCCGCUUCCUGCGUGAUGCCAAACCGGAUGCGCCCACACGACGGGACUCGGUUGCAUCCACCCAAAGCAUGACUGUUGAAGAGAUCAGCAGCGCCUCGGGAGACAACGAAGCCGGCGACGAAAAGGCAGAGCUGGGCGCUGACGAGAAGACGCUGCCCGCCACAGAGAAGCUGCCUAAUUCAGCGAAAGGCGGGUCCAAGUCCGAGCCGGGGAGUGGCAAGAAGAAGUACGACGAGUCCCUUCUCAAAACAUUGCACGACACGUUUUUCUGGCUCUGGUGGCGGGCCGGAAUCCUCACGCUCCUUGCCAACACUCUGAACACGACGACGCCCUUGCUCAACAAGGUAUUGCUCGCAUGGCUCACCGACUCGUAUGUGUACUGGAAGGCCCCUGCGGACGAGCGGGCGGCUCUCGGCAUUUCCCAGCCGCGCGGUGUGGGGUAUGGUGUAGGCCUUGCGUUUGCGCUUUUCGUGAUGCAGGUGCCCGUGAUCGGUUCCAUCUUCCGGAAAGCGCUACGCCUCAGCGGGCGCGCACGGCUCGAGCACAGUGUUGGGAAGAUCACGACCAUGAUUUCUACUGAUGCGACCCGUCUAGAGCGGAACGCUGCGUUCGCACAUUUGCUAUGGAUCGCGCCCACGCAGAUUGCCAUUGGGAUUGGACUGCUCCUGCACAACGUGAGUUGCCCGGAAAUGAUUCGAUCCAGGCUCGGGUAUUCUGCGCUCGUUGGACUCGGUGUCCUGCUGAUAGGCUUCCCGAUCCAGUUCCUCUGUGUCAAGGCGAUGUUCACCCAGCGCAAGAAGGGCGUUGUCCUGACGGACAAGCGCGUCAGGACGAUCACCGAGGUGCUCCAAGGCAUCAGGCUGAUCAAGUUUUACGCCUGGGAGGAGUUCUUCGCAUGGCAGAUCGCGCAGAUCAGAGAGAAGGAGAUCAGCCGCGUCCGCGGUCUUGGCUUUGCACGCGCUAACCUCAUCGGCGCCGUCACGAUCAUCCCUACGCUGGCAUCUAUUCUGUCCUUCAUCACCUACGGACUGAGCGGGCACGACCUCAACAUCUCCAUCAUCUUCAGCUCCCUGCAGCUGUUCAAUAUCAUCCGCGUUCCGCUCAUGUUCCUCCCGAUGGUCCUCGCCGGGUCCGCCGACGCCGUCGUCGCGCUCCGCCGUGUCUCGCAGUUCCUCGUCGCGGAGGAGCUGGACGAGCCGUACACGAUCGAGCCCGCGAUGAAGCACGCGAUCGACGUGGAGGGCGACUUCACGUGGGAGACGGCGCACAAGCCCGCGCCGUCCGAUGCGAAGCCGGAGCCGGGGAAGCCAGGGAAGCCGGGGAAAGACAAGAAAGACAAGAAGGAUAAGAAGGACAAGAGAACGCCUGGGGGUAACGACGGGAAGCCGAAGCGGCGCUUGUUUGGCCGCAAAGGCAAGGAGGAGUCUGUGUUGCCGGUCGCUGCUCAGAACAGUGAAGCGGCGGAGGGCACCGAGAGUGAAGGAAAGCCGUUUGAGCUGAAGGACCUGAAGUUCAAAGUGCCUGCGGGAUCGUUUGUGGCCAUUGUUGGACCCAUUGGCUCAGGCAAGUCGACAUUCAAGUCGUCGGUGUCCUAUGUUCCGCAGAGCUCGUGGAUCAUGAACGCGACGCUUCGCGAGAACAUCACGUUCGGACAAGGCGAAGACGAUGAGAAGUUUCACGAGAUUGUGCAGGCGUGUUGCCUAGAACCGGAUCUUCGGAUGCUUCCCCAUGCGGAGCGCACGGAAAUCGGAGAGAAGGGUAUCAACCUGAGUGCGUAUUCCGGAGCGGACACUGUGCUUAUGGACGAUUCAUUGAGCGCAGUCGACGCUUUUGUCGGCAAGUCCAUCCUGGAGAACUGCCUCCUGAGCGGCCCUCUCGCUGACAAGACACGGGUCCUCGUUACCCACGCUCUGCAUGUACUCGACAAGACUGACUACAUCUACGUCAUGGACAACGGUACGAUCGUAGAGCAGGGUACCUACAAUGACCUGAUGGAAAACAGCGUCGUCUUCUCUCGCCUCAUGGAGGAACACGGAAACCUCGAGAAGGAGGACAAUAAUGACGUUCAGCGCGUCGAAGCCUUGAUGUCGACGGUGCUUCGUGAAGACAAGAAAGACGGUCCCGCUGACGCCUUAAUGCAAGCAGAAGAGCGUAACAUUGGAGCAGUGACGUGGUCUACCUACAUCACGUACUUCCGCUACGCCGGUGGAAUCAUCUGGGUCCCGAUCAUCAUAUUCUGCCUCGUCUCAUACCAGGGUGCACAAGUGGCGAACAACAUAUUCCUGGGCUUAUGGACAGCGGAGAGCAUUGAGGGUUUCACGCAAGCAGACUACAUGGGGACGUAUGCCGCACUUGGUGCCGCUAGCGCUCUCUUCGCACUUUUGCUCAGUUUCACUCUCACAAUGUCCAUGAAGGCUUUGAGAGCUGUUAUGCACUCGCCGGUCUCGUUCUUUGACACAACCCCGUUGGGCCGUAUCAUGUCUCGGCUAUCAAGCGAUCAAGAUACAAUCGACACGGAGCUGUCAAUGAUUGCGUGGCAGGUAAGUGUCGAAAACAGACGCAGGAUAACUGAUUGA